AUGAUGAUGGUGAUGAUGGUGAUGAUGGUGGUGGUGAUGGUGAUGGUGAUGGUGAUGGUGAUGGUGGUGGCUGUGUUGCGGACGCGGCGUCACCCGGACAGCCCAGAUCACCCAUAUGACUCUGGCCGCGGAAGCCUACACCGCCGCGGCCAUGGGCCAAGACAGCAAGAACAUGAACAGCCUCGCCGGCAUGGGGGGCCUGGUGAUCGUAAAUCCCAAAGCCAAGUGGAGCAUGGCGGUGGUGACUGGGCCCCCGCCCCCCGCCCCGCCCCCGUCGCCGGCAACCCCGCGCACCCAGGAGCGCGCCGCUGUGCGCUUGCUUUAGAGCUUGUCCCGGAUGGGGCGAUUCUCCGCUGCCGACGUGUAGCGGAGCUGACGUCAAGCUGGAAGGCGCGGUGA